AUGUGUGUGGCGGCACGCGCUUUGUUAGUACCGGCGCAGGUAUGUGCGGCCGCAUCUCACGGCAGUGGUGGCGGGAUGUGGGUGAGGGAGAUGAGGGAAAGGUCGGGGUCCGGGCAAAUGACGGGUCCACGCGACAUCUCUCGAUACACCACAAACACGUACUGCAGCACCACACCCUGGAUGUGGCAGAAGUCCUCCAGUGCAGAAGCGAUGACCCCUGCAACGCGGGCGGAGUACCGUGACGUCGCCCGACUCACCGUGAUAGCCAGCGCCAGCGACUCAUCCACCGGGCACAUGCCGCGCUUAACACACUCGUAG